AUUAGAAAUGAAAUUACUCUGGAUAGGAUGUAUUCUUACGCUUUUCACCUAUUUGAAAAGUAGUUUAGCUGAACCAUGUGAAGGGCCGGAUAUGGAUGAAUGCUAUAUGAAAAUUGCAUUAGACUAUGCACUCCUUCACAAUCCUCAGUUUCCGUUUGGUGCUUUAAUUGUGGAUCAUACCAAAAAUGAGAUUUCAUGUUAUGGUGUGAACUCUGUCAAAGAAAACGCUUUACUACACGGUGAAACAGCAGCUUUUUGGAACUGUACCGAAUUGUAUCCGCAAACACUUUAUACAACGGGAGAACCAUGUCCGAUGUGUGCUGCAGAAAGUAUUUAUCGUCGUGUUCAUCGUGUUGUAUGGGGUUCCUCCAUUACGGAAUUGAAUUAUAGUGGGUGCCAGCAAUUAAUGAUCAAUAUGCAUGAUGUAGUGGCUUCAGCCCGAAACGCAGGAAACCAACCCAACCCUAAAGUACCUAUCCUUGAAGGAGGCAUAUUAAAGGAUGCAUGCGAUCAUGCUUUUUGGUGUGCAUACUCGGUUUUCCGUAACGAGAAAUACUACGCGUCCAUGGUCAAGAAUGGUCUUGAGGACUAUAUCAAGGAUCAUGAAGCUCGCUUUCCAUGUGAUGGGCAUUAAAUAUAGAUUAUAAGUUGUAUGGGCAAUCAUAAUUUUUAUUUUACUGUACAACAUCAAAUAAUAAAGAAGUGUGUGUGUUUUUUUUUUGAUACAGC